AUGUCCGUCCGUUGUCACUUUGUCGUCGCGGCGGCACUUAUCUCCCAGGCUCGUACCGGGGACAAGGUAGAUGAACAGCUGCAGCAGUACCUUGAAACAAGACGGCACAUUUCAGAAUUCGACACCCUUUUUGACGCUCAUUUCCGAAACAACCCCAAGUCUCAGAUAUAUCCCGACCUCCUGGCCAAGCUGUCAAUACUUUUUGUCUUUGACUUUGAGGGUGCCGUGUGCUUGAAGAGUUGGGACGAUCUUGGUCAGAUUAUUAGGAAGGCUCGAAUUUGCAAAGAUGAGAUGAUGUACAAGGCAAUGGGAGACUGCUUGUUAAGGAGUGAAGCUUCAGGAAACGUCGUAUAUGGAACCAUGCGGCUUAUAAUCAAUGAGAUAUUCUCACUGGAGCAAUUUGAUAAUCAGCAACUCGCAAAGUACAUGCGAUGCAUGUUCCAAGCUAUCCUACCCCUGGACGACAGCCUUGCUUUCCAGGUUGUGGAACAAGCGGUCCAAAUAGCACGCGAAGGAAGCCAAAUGCAGAAGCCUUUUCCUGCAGAGGACUUGGAUUGGAUCAUCGCAACAACAUUUAAUCAUGCGAUUGAUAUCUUGGCAAGAGGUGACGAGGAUCUAUGUCAGCAAUGGGCUAUGAAGGCCCUUGACCUGACCGAGUAUAUGGAUGAUAAUGGCGAUAUGCGAGAUAUGCUGCGUGAGAGAGUUGUCAAGCUGGGAUUGAGCAAAGGGGCACCCAGCUAA